AUGAGUUGCCAAUAUAAGCUGGUUGUUUUUGCAACAUUUUUUUUUAUUAUUGUUUAUUCGCAAGUAAAUUUUACCAACGCGAAAAAACGAUAUUCACCAUGGAACUCGGAAGAUGAUGAGCAACUUUGGCGAAAAUAUGAAGAGUGCAGAGAUUUUCAAGAUUGGAAGAAAUUUAGCAAGCUGAAUAAUCACUACAAAAAAAAUAAUAAUUUUGGUUUUGUUGAUGAUGAUUCAAGAAGAGAAAAUGCUGAAUUUGAUGCAUACUCAGCCAAAGACAUAAGUGAUUUACCUGGUGAUGAUUUACCUCCAGAAGACCAUCCGGCUUUAGUGGGCCGGUAUGUCGUUAAUCAGUCAAAUUGGACCUCCGUGGCUACUAUCAGCAGACAACAGGGAAUAGCAUCAUUUCCGUUUGCCAAUGUCGUGGCUUUGAGCGAUGGACCACGUGGUAACGGAUCUGGAGUUCCUUACAUGUUCCUCACUCCCUUGGACUUUACAUCAAAAGACCUGAAAGAAGAUGCACGUGCGACGCUCAUGGUGACCUUGGCUCAAGAUCACGAGUUUUAUUUUGCUAAAUUAAAAAUAUUCUUCAUCGCAGUGCUUGACACUUUUGGAGGUGCCAAAUUUGUGUCUGUAAAAGAUUACUAUAACCCACCUGCAUCAAAGCCUAGUGAGAAUUAUGAAGAAUAUAUGAAUUAUCCAAUGCCAUAUGUCAAUCAAUUUUAA